AUGUCGCGCAUUUUGACGCUUCACCAGCUUUUCGACCAAAUUAUGGACUACGGAGCAACGGAGAACAGACUUAAAGCCCUUUUGGACUCAGUUAAACAGUCUUUGAACGCAGCGCCGGCACUUAAUACACUUAUAGUUAGAAAAAUGACACAAAGCCAUUCGGAGAAGGAGUACGGUGCUAUUGUCGAGAUCACAAAGCACCUUUGCAAACAUUCAUCUACAUUUAGGAGGUGUGUCAACACCGCACAGUACCUCAAUGUCUUCUUUGACUGUAUGGAUGCCGUCAAAGAUAUGGAAGUCAAGAAUGACGCACUUCUUUUCAUCCAAUUACUCGGUGGACUGUACCCGGUUGAACUCAGUAAGGUCGCCGAGAAAUACUCCGAGCUUGUAAGGAAAGGCACGGUCUUCCCACAACCAAAGAACUCGGAGUUUGUCUUUGAGAACACGCCCAAGGAAAUUUCGGAGGUGGACAAGGUAGUUCCACAAAUCAAAGAACUAACAACGAACGCAACUAACUUAUUAGAAAAGAAAGACUUGGACGUCAAACAGAGGAAUGACUUGUUUAUAAUUAUGAAUAAGGUAGAAGGACUCAUUUCAGUUGUUGACUUCGAGAUGGGGAAGUACGCAUAUGACCCGUUGAAGGAAGCAUUUGAACUACAGCGUAUGGAGUCCAUUGCAAAUAACCUUCGACACUUACACGAAGAGAUGGCACAGAAGUACUUUGGGAGUGACUACGACUUACUGUCGUCAACACAAUAUAACGAAUCACCAAAAACGUUAAAGAAAAGCUCGUCAUGCUGCUUCCCAUUUUCGUUUUUCAAGUCGUUCAAUUUCGGGUCAAAACAUAGUAAGGGAUCAUACAGGUCACUUGUCUCGGCUGGGGGAGCUUUGUAA